CUCUGUACAUUUUGUCUUUCCUCUUUCACAUUACUAGUGUUUAAACUUCAAGAAUGCCAACUUUUGUACCAAAACCCUUGAUUCUUGAAUGAAUGAAUGUUAACUGUUAAUUUAUUAGCCAAAAUAUAAAUAAACAAAAAAAGCUAUUGCCGUUUAAUAACCCAACUUUAGCUGAUACAAUUUGAAAUCUGAUCACACUUACCCUUUUUUACUUAACACACUUUUCUUGUCCUUCACCUGUGCAUUCUUUUCUCCAACCACAAAGGUACUGUAAUAUAAAUCUCUUGUCCUUUUAGCACUGAGGCUGCACACUAUUAGUGUGCUUUCUUUUGGAACUUGUGCUCCAGUAUUUUCAUUCAAAAUCUUGUUGUGUUUCAGCCGUUGCAGCUGAUGACCCUGUUGAAAGAGGGAAGAAGCUGAGGAGGUUAACAGAAAAUGGGCUUCCCACCCUUCUUGUUAAUCUUUCUGGCGGUAUGUCCUGCAUUUUUGGCACAAAUAGUUGAAGAUACAGCACUUGUGAUUGAUGGAACUGUAAAAAUUGCUGAGACUGAUGCUAAUUACGUAUGCGCUACCCUUGACUGGUGGCCUAAAGAAAAGUGUAACUACAACGAGUGCCCUUGGGGCUACACGUCUCUGAUGAAUCUGGAUUUGUCUCACCCCUUUCUGGCAAAUUCUAUUCAAGCUUUCAACCCUUUGAGACUACGACUUGGAGGUUCUUUGCAAAACCGAGUAAUAUAUGAUGUAAGCAAUUUGGAGUUUCGUUGCCAUGCAUUUACCAAGCAGGGGGAUGGGUUGUUUGGAUUUUCAAAGGGAUGCUUGCAUAUGAAUAGAUGGGAUGAGCUAAAUAGCUUUUUCAAGAAGACAGGGGCACUUGUGACCUUUGGCCUGAAUGCAUUGCAUGGAAGGCAGCGGGCGGGUAAGCGUGUGUGGGGAGGGAAUUGGGAUUCCAGCAACGCUCGUGAUUUCAUAAAUUACACUAUUUCCAAGGGCUACCAGAUACACUCAUGGGAAUUUGGAAAUGAGUUGAGUGGUAAGGGUAUUGGUGCAAAUGUUGAUGCGGAGCAAUACGGAAAAGAUGUUAUCCAUCUUAACAAUCUGAUAGACCAAUUGUAUAAGAAUUUCCAAGCCCGACCACUUCUCUUAGCACCAGGAGGAUUCUAUGAUAAAGAGUGGUAUGAGAAGCUCCUUGAGGUGUCAGGGCCAGGCACUGUCGAUGCCUUGACUCAUCAUAUAUAUAAUCUUGGUCCAGGAUCGGACCACAAUCUCGUCAACAAAAUUUUAAAUCCUCUGCACUUAAAUAAAAUUGCUGACACAUUCAGUAACCUUAGCCAAACCAUUGAAAUGAAUGGUCCUUGGACUUCAGCUUGGGUUGGAGAAUCUGGUGGGGCCUUCAACAAUGGAGGUCAUAACGUGUCUAACACAUUUGUGAACAGUUUUUGGUACUUGGAUCAGCUUGGGAUGGCAGCCAAGUACCACACUAAAGUAUAUUGCAGGCAGACUUUUAUUGGAGGAAACUAUGGGCUCCUUGACACAAGCACAUUUAUCCCAAAUCCUGAUUAUUACAGUGCACUUCUUUGGCAUCGGCUGAUGGGAAAAGGAGUUCUUGCUGUUAGCAGCAAUUCAUCAUCAUAUCUGCGCUCUUAUGCCCACUGUACAAGAGAUAGAGCAGGUGUGACAUUACUUUUGAUCAAUUUAAGCAACCAAACUCAGUACGGAGUCGGCAUCGAAUCUAGUGUAAACACCUCCUCGCAUGCCAACGAGAAAUCAAAUUACAAGAAGUCGUUUAUACACGGUCUUAAGAAAACUUUUUCAUGGGUUGGAAGUAAAUCAUCAGACGUUACAUUAUCACGCGAAGAAUACCAUCUGACUCCACUAGAUGGCAACCUUCACAGCAAAACUAUGCUCCUGAAUGGAUUACCAUUACAGCUCACAGAAAUUGGAGACAUCCCAAGUUUGUCUCCGGUCCUUGUAAACAUAAACUCUCCAAUAUCAGUUGCCCCCUUGUCCAUCAAAUUCAUUGUAUUCCCCAACUAUAAUUCUCCGGGUUGUAGAUAGGAUUAGGAAAUAGAGAGCUCUAAUGUAGCACUCUGUGGAUUCAUACCUUAGUAAGUGUACACUAGCUACAAUAAAAUGAGCAGCCAAUUUUUUAUCAAUUACGUAUUAUAUAGCUAGAUAUAUCCAUCCCCCUACUAAUAGUGUUUCCCAGGAACAUGUGUCAUGUAGUGCAAGUUAGUUAUCAACUAGCAUAGUAUUGUAAGCAGACAAACAGUUGUAUUUAAACAUUUGCCACAAGCAGGUAUCAUGUUAAGUGGAUGGGAAAUGAUUUUUGUUCCAGUCAA